AUGAUUGAUUUUACUAAUUCAAGCAAAAUGAGUUUCCCGUCCACCAUUCCUCUGGCACUUCCAACAAUUUGGCUCUCCUAUUUACUCAUUUCCAUUGUUUCCAUUAAUUAUUACCAUGUUGAGGCUACGGAUGGAGACAACAAAGUCAUAUCAAUUGGUGCAAUAAUUGAUGUUAACUCCCGCAUUGGCAAAGAACAGCGUGUAGCCAUGGACCUUGCAGCUCAAAUUUACAAUACCACUUCUAACACCUACAAGCUGGCUCUUCAUUUUCGGCAACCCUCCAAAGAUCCCUUCAGACCCACUUCCCUUGCUAGAAGGAUGAUUAUAACGCAGAAGAUGCAAGUGAUUAUAGGGAUGCACACAUGGACAGAAGCAGCUGCAGUGGCUGAAUUAGGACGCAAAACUCAAGUUCCUGUCAUAUCCUUUGCAGGUCCUACCGUUACCCCACCAUUGAUGUCAAUUCGUUGGCCUUCCUUGGUAAGAAUGGCCAACGAUGGGACUGCAUAUGCAAAAUGUGUUGCAGAUAUGGUACAUGCGUAUAGUUGGCAGAGAGUAGUAGUCAUUCAUGAGGAUGGAGAUUAUGAGAUGCUAGCUCUGCUAUCUGAGACCCUCCAAGAUGUUGGCUCACUGAUCGAGUACCGCUUAGCUCUUCCAUCUCCUUCUUAUCUUUCUAAUCCUGGAGAGUUCAUUCGCGAAGAGCUGUUCAAGGUGAUUGAAAAUACACAAUCCCGAGUGUUCAUUGUUCUGCAAUCAUCAAUAGAAAUGGUGAUUCAUUUGUUCAGAGAAGCUUCACAAAUGGGACUAGUGGAUGGAGAAUCAGCUUGGAUAAUCCCAGAGAGCAUAACUAAUUUGCUUGAUUCUGUCAACAAGUCUGCUAUUUCCUACAUGGAAGGAGCUUUAGGAAUCAAGACCUACUACUCUGAACAUAGCAGUGAAUAUCAAAAUUUGGAGGCUCGGUUCAGGAAAUCUUUUCGGGCCAAGUAUGCUGAGGAGGAUAACAGCAACCCGGGAUUUUAUGCUCUGCAAGCAUUUGAUAGCAUUAAAAUUGUUGCACAAGCAAUAGAUAGGAUGGCCAGUAGCAGAAAAACUUUGCUAGGAGAAAUACUUUCUAGCAAUUUCGUUGGCUUCAGUGGAGAAAUUCGAUUUAAAGCAGCGAAGCUGGUGCAGAAUUCUAUCUUUAGGAUCGUAAAUGUACAUAGGAAGGGUUACAUAGAGUUAGACUUUUGGACUCCAGAAGAUGGGUUCAUGAGUAGCCUUCCUACAGAACAAGGUUCAAAUAGUGUUUCUAGAAGUGGUGUUGUAAUAUGGCCAGGGAAGCUCAACAGAACUCCAAAGGGCUGGAAUCUGCCUACUAAACAAAAAAAAAUGAGAAUAGCGAUUCCUGGAAGAACCUCUUUUUCCAAGUUUGUCAAGGUUGACAAGCUUACAAAUUCAUAUAAAUACACUGGAUUCUGCAUUGAACUUUUUGAGAAGGUGUUACCCCUUUUGGGGUAUGACCUGCCAUAUGACUUUUAUCCCGUCAAUGGAACCUAUCCCGAUCUGGUUCAACUUGUCCAUAACAAGACGUAUGAGGCUGUUGUUGGAGACGUGACCAUAUUAGAAGAGAGACUGGAAUAUGUAGAUUUUACUAUUCCAUAUGCAGAAUCAGGGUUGUCAAUGAUAGUUACGGAAAAGUCCGAAGAUUCGACAUGGAUGUUCAUGAAGCCCUUCACCUGGCAGAUGUGGGUAGCAACUGGUGCCGUGUUGAUGUACACAAUGAUAGUUGUGUGGUGCCUGGAGCGGAAACCCAAUCCUGAGUUUCAUGGCAAUUGGAAACGCCAGAUCAGCACUGCACUUAUGUUUACCUUCUCCUCUCUAUUCUUCGCUCAUAGGGAGAAACUUCAUAGUGACUUAACUCGUGUGGUGAUGGUAUCAUGGCUGUUUCUAGUUUUGAUUCUUAACUCAAGCUACACUGCUAGUCUUUCUUCCAUGCUCACAGUUCAACGACUGCGACCAAAUGUGACUGACAUUGAGUAUCUGAAGAAGAACAACAUGAAAAUUGGUUGUGACGGGGACUCAUUUGUUAGGACAUACCUAGAGAAAAUCCAACGAUUCAAGCCAGAGAACAUUGUCAAGAUUAAUAAUGAAUACAGUUACGAAGAUGCUUUCAAAAACAACUCAAUAGCAGCUGCUUUUCUCGAACUCCCCUAUGAAAAAGUAUAUAUCAGCAAAUACUGCACGGGAUACUCUGCCUUUGUACCUACCGCCAAAUUCGGAGGACUGGGAUUUGUGUUUCAGAAAGGCUCUCCAGUGGCCAAAGACUUUUCCAGAGCUAUACUGCAUCUCUUAGAGCAGGGAGAAUUGGGGAAGUUAGAAGAGAAAUGGUUGAACAAUGGAGGUGAGUGCUCAAAAAAGUCGACCUCCGAGAGUACGGAAAGGUUGAGGCUUGAAAGUUUCUGGGUUCUGUACGUAAUUUCUGGUGCCACUUCUACUAUUUGUUUUUUAAUUUACACCAUCGAGUCGCGGAAAUCUAGUCGAACAUCCCAAGAUGACGCCGAACAGGAAGACAACAUCAGAGGUGAAAGCCGAUGGAAAAUGGUACUUGUAAAAGCUAAGAAGAUGUACAGCAGAAAGCAUGCACCACUUACAGACGAGCAUCAGCAGGCAAUGGCUCCACAAUUACCAGACAUCAUAACUGUGUCUUCCCCACCCACCGUGCACAACUCUUGA